AUGGCCGACAUCAUCCGCGACGCCCCCCUCGGCCAGCUCAUCCGCUGGGCCACGUCCAACCGCUACCUCCAGUACCCCGAGGAAAAGGCCGGCUUCAAGCUCCCCUCGCCGUGGCAGCAGCUCCUCGACAACCCCGACGCCGUCGUCGACGAGUCCACGGAGCCCUCGUCCUCGUCCGCUUCGACCGCCGGAGACGACACCCCCGAGGGCCAAGACGCCGAGAAACAGCAGCAGCAGCAGCAGCAGCAGUCAUGGUCCUCGGCAGAGCCCCCCGAGCCCCUGCGCCUGCACCGCACCAAGACGCCCGCCGAAACGCCGGCCUUUACGGGCGCCCGCCUCGAGGCCGAGCUGGCGCACGCCGUGGAAAAGGUGCAGUCGAUCCCCGUCGUUCCCCGGCUCACAAAGGACGGCACCAUCCUCGUGGACUGGUACCACAGCGACGACGCCGAGAACCCGCAGAACUGGAGCAACGGGAAGCGCGGCCUCGUCGCCGCCAUCAUCUGCCUCUACACCUUUGUCGUGUACACGUCGUCAGCCAUCUACACGCCCUCGACGCAGGGCGUCAUGGAGCGGUUCCACGUGUCGCAGCUCGAGGCCACGCUCGGCCUGUCGCUGUACGUGCUGGGCUACGGCGUCGGGCCGCUCGUCUUCUCGCCGCUCAGCGAGAUCCCCCGCAUCGGCAGGAACCCCGUCUACGCGGCCACCAUGGUCCUCUUCGUGGUGCUGUCCAUCCCCACCGCCCUGGCGCGCAGCUUCGCCGGCCUGAUGGUGCUGCGCUUCCUGCAGGGCUUCUUCGGGUCGCCGUGCCUGGCCUCGGGCGGCGCGUCCCUCGGCGACAUGUACUCGAUGACGGCGCUGCCCUACGCCAUGGUGGCGUGGAUCUCGUCGGCCUACUUUGGCCCGGCGCUGGGCCCGCUGCUGUCGGGCUUCUCCGUGCCCGCGCGCGGCUGGCGCUGGUCGCUGUACGAGAGCGUGUGGGCGUCGGCGCCGGUGCUCCUCGGCAUGCUGGUCGCGCUCCCGGAGACGAGUGGGGCCGCCAUCCUCCUCCGCCGGGCCCGUCGGCUCCGGCGCCGCACCGGCAGCCCGCGCCUCGUGUCGCAGUCGGAGCUGGACCAGCGCCGCCUCGGGCCCCGCGCCGCCCUGCUCGACGCCCUCGUCAAGCCCGUCGAAAUCACCUUCAAGGACCCGGCCGUGCUCUUCGUCCAGGUCUACACCGCCAUCAUCUACGGCAUCUACUACUCCUUCUUCGAGGCCUUCCCCCUCGUCUACCCCGUCCACUACCACAUGAACCUCGGCCAGACGGGGCUCGUCUUCCUCUCCAUCCUCGUCGCCUGCCUCCUCGGCGCCGCCGUCUACUGCGCCUACCUCUACCUGUACGUCGACCCGCGCAUCCGCCGCUUCGGCCUGCCCGUCCAGGAGAGCCGCCUCGCCCCCGCCCUGCCCGCCUCCUUUGGCCCGACCGUCGGCCUGUUCGUCUUUGCCUGGACCGCCCGCGAGUCGGUCCACUGGAUCGCCCCGACCGCCGGCAUCACCAUCUACGCCGCCACCUGCUUCGUCGUCAUGCAGUGCAUCUUCGUCUACGUCCCGCUGAGCUACCCGCAGUACGCCGCCAGCCUGUUCGCCGCAAACGACUUCUUCCGGAGCGCCCUGGCCUGCGGGAGCGUGCUCUUCGCCCAACCGCUCUUCGGGAACCUCGGCGUCGCCAGGGGUGUUUCGCUGCUCGGCGGCCUGAGCGUCAUUGGCAUCGUCGGCAUCUGGCUGCUGUACUUUUACGGUGCGCGUCUGCGCGCCCUGAGCAAGUUUGCCACUUCGGAGCAGUAA